AUGGCGGACCCAGCAGGGCUGUACGACUUCCUGAACCAACAACAACCCACUGCUCCCUCCUCCGCCAUAGCAAAACCAGGCGGCGGCGGUCUGUCGUCUUCGUCGCGAAUGUUCUCGUGCCUCUACUGUCCUCGCAAGUUCUACACAUCCCAAGCUCUGGGGGGCCAUCAAAACGCCCACAAGCACGAACGGGCCGCUGCUCGUAGGAGCUUCAACGCCGAGCGUUUUCACCAGCAUCAGCUGGGUCGUCUCCACAACGUCGAGCCAAAUACCCCUUUCUGGCUCCAACAAGUCGAACCUCCCCGACCUAGUUUCCAACUCUCUUCAUCAUCAUCAGCCCCGCCCCUUUCUCUGCGUGUUGGUUCUGCAGACCCAGAAACAGGAUUUAACUUUAACGUCAAUGCUCUUGCUGAUCAUCAUGAAUCUCCUGCAGACUCCACUGCUGCUCCUGAUAACGUAAAUCUUGACCUCUCCCUCCGCUUAUGA